UACCGAUCAGCGUCAAGACCAGUGUUAGUAAGCGACAACACUUUAUUUUCUGUGUAUCCGGUCAUAAAGAACGUGUCGAAAGAAACUCGUUCAAAUUUUCACAAAUCGAAACUUUAGUAGUAAAUAAAUUCAGAAGUAUGUUUCGCCUAUUUGUGAUAAUGGCGGCGCUCUUUAUGACGAUCCACGCUCAAAUAUACAGAAUUCCGUUCUCGGACAAAAUGGAUUCCAAUCUACAAUAUUAUAACCUUUCGGAAUUACAUGACAUCAAUUUGCAAGAAAUUCUUUCAAGUGAUAAUCAUUCAAGUGAUAAUCUUCCUUCAGUACUUUUGUCUAAUUUCCAAAACCUUGUAUACUAUGGCAAUAUUACCGUUGGAAAUCCGCCGCAAGAAUUUAAAGUAGUAUUUGAUACUGGUUCCGCAAAUCUUUGGAUACCGUCUAGAAAAUGCAACAUCGAUGCUUGUUUAACACAUGAUCGAUAUGAUAGCAGAAAAUCCAGCACAUAUAUAGCAAAUGGUACUAAGAUUCAUUUAUCAUACUUCUCUUUAAAUGUAAGUGGGUUCCUAUCUACUGAUACAGUGAAUAUUGCCGGCCUCACUAUUGAGAAUCAAACAUUUACAGAAAUCACUAGCGUGACAGAUAUUUUUGAAUUUUUACCCUAUGAUGGUGUCGUGGGGCUGGGUUAUCUCGAUCUAUCUAUCCAAGGAAUAACACCUAUUUUCGACAAUAUGAUUAAACAAGGUUUAGUGUCAUCAUCCAUUUUCAGCUUUUAUCUAUAUAGAGACUCUUCAAACGAAACAGGUGGUGAGUUUAUAUUGGGUGGUUCCGAUCCUGAUCAUUACGAGGGCGAUUUCACAUAUCUUUCUAUUCUUCACAAAGAACAAUGGCAAUUUAACAUGGAUACAGUCAUUAUAAACGAUCACAUUCUGUGCGAGGAAGGCUGCCUAGCUAUUGCUGAUACAGGUAGUUCGGAUAUAAGUGGACCAAUAUCAGAUAUCACAUAUAUUAAUAAAUUUAUUGGAACUUUUAAUGUUAAUGGACAGGAAAGAGUGAACUGCAGUCGAAUUUCUGAGUUACCUACAAUCAGUUUUAUUUUGGAUAAUGUGGCAUUCGAUCUUACUGGUAAAGAUUACGUCGUUCAGGCCCUAUACAAUGAAACCUAUACAAUAUGUACAAGCAGGUUUCGUGGAAUUGCCUGGUUUAAAUUCGAGUGGAUUUUAGGCGUUCCGUUUAUUGGCCGUUACUACACUGAGUUUAACGUGGAGAGUGAAUUAGUGGGAUUUGCUUUGAUGAAAUAAAUAAUUAUUACCUUUUCUAGCACUUUUUAAAAUAUCACAUCUUACAUAAUAAAAAUGUACAUAAUGUAGAAUUAUACAUUUUGUGAGUUUUGGUUUACGGUCUUGGAUUAAAAAUUGGUAUUUAAUAUUAUUCUUAUAUAACUAACAUAACUUUCAUAAUAUUUGUUUAUAACAAACUUAAAGAGAUAUUCAACGUAUUCCAAGACUGUGCAUAUCUUUAAUUAUUUAUUUUUAUCUUUAAUUAUUACUUUUUU